AGAGAGAUAAAAAAAAAAUUAUGGAUGAAAGAAAAUUUUGGCCUAGUGUGGUUUAUUCCAUGAAAACCACAAUGCCACUUGUUCAAGUUUUAAGGCUUGUUGAUGGGGAGCAAACACCAACAAUGAGAUUUAUUUACGGGGUGAUGGACGAAUGCAAAGAAAAAAAAAAGCAAAGAACUUGGAUAACAACCUCGCUUCUUAUAAAGAAAUUUGGGGCAUUAUCGAUAAGAAAUGAGAGUUGCAAAUGCAUCGUGAUUUGCAUGCGGCUGCCUACUACUUAAAUCCACAAUAUCGAUGGAGUCCCAAUGUAUCCGAGCAUCGGGAUAUUAAGCGAGGAUUGUAUGAUGUCAUGGAAAGGCUCAUGAAGGAUACGACAAUUUAUUUGAAGAUUGAAGAUCAACUUGUUGCUUACAAAGAAAAAAGAGGAUUAUUUGGAUAUAGAGGUUCUUUAUCGACAAAUCUGACACGACCACCGGUUACAUGGUGGGGGGAAUAUGGAGACGAUGCUCCGAAACUCAAGUCCUUUGCAAUAAAGGUUUUGGGUCUUACAUGUUCCGCUUCGGCUUGUGAACGUAAUUGGAAUGGCGGGGUAAUUGGAAGUGCUAGAGGUGGCAAGGCUAUUGGAAGACCUAGAGGUGGCGGGACAGUUGGGGAAGGGAGUGGAACUAGGAAAAGGAAAAAUGUUCAAGUGAAUUUGAUUGACGAGGAUGACGGGGAUGAAGUGAAUUUGAUUGACGAUGAUGAGGGUGACCGGUUUGAAAAUGAUGCGAAUGAUGCUCAUUAUUUUAUUUAA